AUGUCUCAAGAUAAUCCCCCACAACAGCUCAGUGAGCACAAUGAAACGAGUCCGACGAUAGAACAAAAUGACUCCAAACUUAUCCCAGCAGAUGCUGUUCCUCCGCAAGCCACCCAAGAGCUGGGUGGCGCUCAGGCGCUGCUUCAAUUGGGCAACAAAACAAAAGACACAGAUGAGACAGAAAAGAAGUUCACCCAAGAUCUGGCUAGUGAGGCAGUAGAAGCUGCCGUCAUGCGCUUUGUCGGAGGCAAUUUGGAUUCAAAGAAACGCCAUUUUACCGAGGAUAUGUCUAAUAUUACUGAGUUGCAGCAAUGGACCGGCUUUCUGGAUGAGGACUUCAAUUUCCAGCCUCAAAACAAGAAGAAGAAGACGUCCUCCAUCCACAAUGGUAACGGAAAUUCUCAUUUAUCAGGAACUGAAGACGAUAACGGACACCGUCUUAGAAACUCAAACACAGAUAGCAACGGCAAUAAAAGCCACCACACCAACCAAAAAAUUGACCCGGAACUUGCUCAGCUGGAUUCUGAGGCAGCAACUGAUCACGACCAGUACGUACAGAAUGUGUUGAUGGAUGCUAGGACCCUCGCACAACUGGACCAGGAUUAUUUACGCCAUCACGACAUUGAGAUAAGCCAGCAGCAAUUGGCAGCUCAGGCCUCACAAGCUGCUGCACAGAUAAUGGCCGCCGCCGUUGGAGACGUUGGCGAUGAUAAUAAUAAAAAGGAUUCCGAUAGACAGCAGGGCAAUCACUUGGGUCACAACGCGGGUGAGGCGGAUCUCAAGCCCAACGGAGGCCACGAUGAAGCUGCCGAGCUGGUUGCUGCUGCCGCUGCAAAAGCUUCAAACUGGAUAUCUGGAGGUAAAACUUACGGGAAGCUGUUCGGUAAAGAAGAAUGCGAGGCUAUAGAUGCAUUUAUUAUGGAGUAUUGUAAGAUCCAUAACAUGACGAGAGAUGACAUUUGUCAUAGAAUAUGGUCGAAUGACCGUAAAAAGGAUGAUUUCUGGGAUUCUUUGCAUCGUGUACUGGAGCAUCGGUCCCGCUCUUCAUUAUAUAAGCAUGUGAGAAGGACCUAUCAUAUUUUCCAAACUCGAGGCAAGUGGACACCAGAGGAAGAAGAAGAGUUAGCAAGACUGGCCACGGAACAGGAGGGGCAGUGGAAGCUGAUCGGUAUGAAGAUGGGUCGUAUGCCUGAAGAUUGUCGUGAUCGAUGGAGAAACUAUAUCAAGUGUGGCAAUCGGAGAAUGGUUAAUAAAUGGUCAGAAGAAGAAGAAGAAAAGUUGCGUCAGGUGGUGCAUGAACUCUUGAACGAUGAGUCUUCGAAUAAUGUUAUUAAUUGGACGGUAGUCAGUGAACGAAUAAACGGUACUAGAUCACGUAUCCAGUGCCGUUACAAAUGGAACAAGCUACUAAAAAGAGAUGCUACGGAGAGAGCCCUAACCAUUGAUGCUGCGGACCGCAUCUGGUUACUAAGCAGGAUCAAGGAGUUAGGCUACACCUCAGCAGAAAUGGUAGAUUGGAACGCACUGUCUGCGUUCCAUGGCCGCAACUUAUGGACUGCGCAGGACUUCAAAGUCUGUUUUGAGAGGAUGCGCUCCACAAUACGGGACGUUAAGAAAAAGAGCUUUGAAGAGUUGAUAGAUCUUCUACUCCAGGAAGUCUCCAAGGAGUUGCAUAUAUGA